AUGGCGCCGCGUGCCGAAGACUCUUCAUCUGCCGCCGGAUACGCCGAGCGCGUCUUCCAACACCUGGAAGAUAACCGCCCCUCUGACGCGCCUGCCAAUUUCUCAGACCCCCACCAAGGGAAGUCCAAGGCAAUCGAAAGAUCGAAGACUGAGAAGCUCAAGGCUCAGUUGAUUCAGCGUGGUAACGAUGCCUCUGGUGAGUUCCAAUCUCGUUCUAAAUCUGGUAAGUUCCGCCUCCAACACGCGGGCUCCUUCGGCGACGGUCGUGUGAAGGAGCUCGUUGCCAACUACGAAGCUCGAUCUCACCGUGCCGAGGAGACAGUUGAAGAAUCUGUUCGACGCAAGCCCGUACUUGGAAAGGAUACCGACGCCACAACUAGUAGCGAAAGUGAAGAGGACGAGAAGGAUUGGAUCAAGGUUGUAGAUGCGGACUUAGAUUGA